AUGAGUUUCAAUGUGAGGUUUGAAACGUUUAAACCAAUUAAUUUUCCAUGCUGUGCGGAUUAUUUUGGUGAGCAUCAUCUGCUGAGUUACAACGGAAGGUUAGCCUUGGUUUGCCCAUUAGAUACAAAACUAUGGAUUCUUGAAGAUGAAAAGGAAGAUGAAUGGGUAUGUAAUAUCGACUUGCAUUUACCUAUUUAUAGAACGGAUCCGACUGGGAAGAUUAACUAUCGGUUAAAUGAUGCUACUGUUACCGGUGAGUUUAUACAUGUAGCGGUAGAUGAUGAAGAGGUUCAUAUUCUCUACUAUGAUCCAAAGAAAAACAACACCAGAAGUUUCAAGUUUGAAGGAAGUAUGUACAAGGAAUUUGAAGGAUUUGGCGGAGGAGCUUGUCAGUUCAAUAUUGGAUGCAUACCAAAUCUCAAAGGACUUGCUUACCGAAAAUCUUCUUCGACGUUUGCACGAUGUCUCCCGAAUCACAUUGAAAAUCUCAUCUCUCUAAAGAACAUCACGUGCUCAAAACUGGUCUGA